UUCGCCAGUUUGCGAGUGAACUCCUCUCAGGAAAACUGAAAACAACCACCAGAAAAGCAAAAACGAGAAAAUAACAGACUAUUAAUUUACUUUCCUGAAUCGAACACUAAUUGUAUGUAUUCACAAUGGCGCUGUCUGUGCGGCUGGCUUUGGAGUUAGCGAACAGAUCUUCGUUAAACAUCUGCUUCGAGUCAAUAGUAAUCGGAGUCAUCAUCUUCUUCACCGUUGUUGGCAACACGUUUGUUUGUUGUGCUGUAUGGAGGAAUCAGCGUCUUCGAACAAUUUCCAACAUGUUUGUUGUGGCGUUGGCCAUUAGCGACUCUCUGAUGGGUAUACUAUGUAUGCCAUUUGUGUUUGGAACCCUCAUUGAAGGACGAUGGCUUUUUGGCGAUGCUUUUUGCCGAGUGCAUGGAUUUACGGGCUUCACAUUGGCCCUGGUUUCCAUCCACACCAUGAGUCUUAUAGCUGUGAACAGAUUCUAUUGUAUAGUAAAACCUUCCAAGUACCAGAACUUGUUCCGAUCAUCCAGAACUCGAAUCUACAUUUUGAUCGUCUGGUUGUUUGCUUUUGUAGGGUCAGUCCCGCCAUUUCUUUUGGACGAUGGAGGUUACUCAUUCCAUCCUGGCAAAGGCAUGUGUCUUUACACCUUUGAAUCAAACCUUGUGUACACCAUUUUCAUUGAGGUCGCCUACAUUGGAUGCCCACUUUUAUUAAUCUCAUUCUGCUAUUCUUCAGUCUUUAAAGAGGUGUACCGCACAAAUAAGGUUUUCGUGCCAAAUCAAAUGGCAGUGGAUCAACUGCGGGUGAAUGUCCAAGAAACGAAAAUCACCAAGACUUUGGCGAUUGUUUUCCUUGGUUUUAGUAUCUGUUGGCUUCCUGCGAGCAUCAUCGAUACCCUAGGGGCAUUCUAUGGCCAGCCACGCUUCAAACGGGAAGUAUACCUUACGUACACCUUUAUGGCAUAUCUAUCAAGCCUCAUCAAUCCAAUCAUAUAUGGCAUAACAAGUAGGGGAUUCAGGCGUGAAUACAAGGCUAUGCUCAAAGGAUUGACUUGUCAUGUGCUGUGGAAAAGAAAUAAUUUUCACCAUGGCCAGUCCACAACUUUCCAAGAGAGUCAAAUGGAGGCAUGGCAACAGUCGCGUCCUGUUGAAGUCCAAGGCUAAAUAUCUGCUGCCUUCAUCAGGGAUUCCACAAGGCUCCAUUACCGGACCAUCUAGCUUGUCAGAAGCCUAUGCGUCAUUCUGUUUUAUUAACAACCCUCGGAACUCUGUUCUCGAGAAUCAAGGACUGAAUAAACACUUCAAUACAUCGCAUCAACUGAUGCCUAAAAAGGGACUUAAGGACACAAGCUAACAAUCAAAAUUAAGCGAUAGUUGUGCAAUUAUUCUGGCGUUAUCGUCAAACAAUCUGUAGUUUGCAGUGCCAAAGUUAUAACUUUGCUGUCAGACGAACAAAAUGUAUACUUAUGGCAUGGUUUGGCAGAUAUGUGAAUAAUAUUCCUCCUUCUUUUUCUUCUUAUAUAUGUCUGACCUAUAACACUGAACUUUUCAUCGAUUCUUUUCCUUUCUCGGUCUCUAACUAUCUUUUUCUCAAGGGAAUCAUUUUGUAAACUUUAUCUAACUUUAUUAAUUAAUAGUUGUUACUAUGGUUUAUCUAUGAACGAACAAAGUAUAUAUUGUAUGCAUACGAUCCAUACAAAUAACCUGACGUUUGAGACGUUCGUUCUUCGUUCAUUCUUAUGGCAACUAUAGCAACUGAUAAUUUACUUGUUAUUCUUCAUUUAUUUUUCCUAAUUAAAGAGUUUCUUAAGCGUUUUA